GGCUUACCGGCUCUCUGAUGAUAAUGUCUGAUACAUGUGUCAUACAGAAGAGACGAGUUGAUUAACUUUCUUCUAUCUGGUCCGCCGACAGCCCGAGGAGAUCACGUUGCAUGUCUUAAGUGCGAUAAGCUAGCUUGUGAUCACAGCUGGGCCGUGAUUACGAGCAUAGUGCUUACUAGUACCUGCUAUGUCCUACGCAAGUCGGAUAUUUUGUGAGAACGACGAAGAGGAAGCCUGUAAGCGCUCGUUGGCAGGAAGCGCUCGUCGUAUUCAUGCCAAAGCAGGAAAGUACGGUUUUGAUGAAGGGGUCGCUGGACAUAUUACUGUCCAGAUAGUGAAAUCAUGUUACUCACCAGUUGCGGGGCCACAGGGUGUUCAUUUCAAGUUCAUGCAGCCUGAGGACCUCAUUCUCGUGGACCAAGCAGGGAAUAUACAGGAAAAUGAAUCUGGACCUUCCCGGUGGCUCAACGGGGUGGCGUUCCUGAUCCAUUCAGCGAUUCAUCAAGCUCGCCCGGAUGUUGUCUGCAUUGCGCAUUCGCAUACUACGUAUGCUAAGGCAUUCGGCACUCUUGGGAUACCUCUUGAUCCCCUUACUCAGGACAGCUGUGCGUUUUAUAAGGAUCAUGCUUUGUAUGACGAAUUCAAUGGCAUUGUCGAUGAUAUCGAGGAAGGUGUGGCCAUAGCGAAUGCUCUUGGUUCGAAAAAGGCUGUCAUCCUCCAGAACCACGGGAUCCUUGUUUCCACCGAGUCGAUUGAAUCUACCGUUUAUUUUUUCAUCUCUUUGGAAAAGUGCUGCCAGGCUCAAAUGACAGCGGACCAGGCCGCCGCUGCUCGUGGAAUAAAAACACGUCUUAUUGACCCAGCAAGUGCGGCCCAGACAUACGAAUACCUUGGAUCUGAGUUGUGGGGCAACUUUGCCGGAAUGCCCGAGUUCGAUCUUUUGGAGCAGGAAGAAGGAAAGAGAUUCGAGUAUGUACCUGCACCCAAGGAAACCGCGUAG